GAGCAAGGGAGAGAGAGAGAGGAGAAAGAGUGAGCGAGCAGUACACACCACUUAAAACUACUGGCACUUGAAGCCCCCCUCAUGAUUCCACCUGCGCACAGGACCUCUGCGACAUGCUUCUCCUUCUCUACAACUCCGAUGGUUUUUCAGGUGAGCUCUUGUGAUAAAGGUUUAUGAUGGACUUGCAGACGUAAGAGUUAUUGGGUUAUCAAGGGAAUUUCUCUCCACUUCGUGAAAUAUCAAGGAAAUUUCUUCGAGCAACACAUAAUGGCUACUCAUUUCAAUUGCUUUACCUCUAUUUCUGACCCAUUUAUGCACUCCAAAGCUCCAUAUAAGAGGAUAGGCAGUUCAUUCACCCCCCAUUUCGUUUCUGAAAUGGUUGGGAUUGAUUCGUGCAUAACUCAUUUCCUAGGAAAAAGCGUCCAAAUGAAGGUUUUUGAAGAGAAAAAGGGGAUUUCGGGCUUAAACAAGAGAGUUUCAGCAAGUCUCGGCUCUCCGAAUUCUAACAGCUCUAGUGGAACACACUCCCCUUAUCACAGUAAAGACCCAUUCUUGAAUCUCCAUCCUGAGGUUUCAAUGCUAAGAGGAGAGACAGGUGAUAAGGUUAUUAACCCAAAAAAGGAGAAUUCUACUGUUCUUAAUGAACCAUUGAGAGAUGGGUCUCGAUCAAAUAACUACAAUGAGGCCAAGAUCAAGGUCAUUGGGGUUGGUGGGGGUGGUUCAAAUGCUGUUAACAGAAUGAUUGAGAGUUCAAUGAAAGGGGUGGAGUUUUGGAUUGUGAAUACGGAUGUUCAGGCAAUGAAGAUGUCGCCUGUUUAUCCUGAGAAUCGAUUGCAAAUUGGUCAGGAAUUGACAAGAGGCCUUGGAGCCGGGGGGAACCCUGAUAUAGGCAUGAAUGCUGCAAAGGAAAGCAAGGAGUCAAUAGAGGAGGCGGUUUAUGGGUCUGACAUGGUUUUCGUGACGGCUGGGAUGGGUGGUGGCACUGGGACUGGUGGUGCCCCUGUGAUUGCAGGAGUUGCAAAGUCGAUGGGCAUCCUCACUGUAGGAAUUGUUACAACCCCCUUCUCUUUUGAGGGUCGUAGAAGAGCAGUUCAAGCUCAAGAAGGGAUAGCAGCUUUGAGAGAUAAUGUUGAUACACUUAUUGUCAUCCCAAAUGAUAAGUUGUUGACUGCUGUUUCCCAAUCUACCCCUGUAACAGAAGCAUUUAACCUGGCAGACGAUAUACUCCGACAAGGUGUUCGUGGAAUAUCUGAUAUAAUCACAGUUCCAGGUUUAGUCAAUGUUGAUUUUGCUGAUGUGAGAGCCAUUAUGGCUAAUGCCGGUUCCUCAUUAAUGGGAAUUGGUACUGCAACAGGCAAGACAAGGGCAAGAGAUGCUGCAUUGAAUGCCAUCCAGUCACCACUACUAGAUAUUGGUAUUGAAAGAGCAACUGGAAUUGUUUGGAAUAUUACUGGUGGGAAUGAUCUGACUUUGUACGAGGUUAAUGCAGCUGCAGAAGUAAUCUAUGACCUUGUUGAUCCAAGUGCAAAUCUUAUUUUUGGAGCAGUGAUUGAUCAGUCACUCAGUGGUCAAGUCAGCAUAACUCUGAUCGCUACUGGUUUCAAACGCCAGGAUGAAGCAGAAGGCCGGCCGAUGCAGGCUACACUUCCUCAAACCCAUGGAGAUGUGAACCUCGGCAUUAACCGUCGCCCCUCCUCCACUCUCAGUGAUACUGGUUCUUUUGAGAUCCCUGAGUUUCUAAAAAAGAAAGGGCGAUCACGCUACCCUAGAGCCUGAUUUCUUCUAAUUCUUUGUAAUAUAAGUCUUCUUCCAUGGUUUUCGUUGCUUGUACCUACUGCUCAAAAGUACUGAGCAGCUACCAAGAGAUUCUUUAUGCUUAGUAGUAAUAAAUAAUAUUUGAUAAUCAGUAGAGAGAAGAGAUGACCUUUUCUGAUGCUUUUGAUUUUCUCGUGUUAAUCUUAGUGAGAAUGAAGGAUAUAGAAAGCCUUGUGAGCUUUUUUUUAUUUCUUGCCUGUAAUUUUAGAUUUUGGGAGACGUUCAAUAGCUUAUUUCAGGGUUGUGGCAU